CAAAGAUCCACCUCCAUAUUCACCAUUUAACCACGAAACGGCAAAUCCCACCUCUAUCUUUUCAUCUUCUCUCUGUUUCUCUCUCUAGUCACCCUCCCAAGGUCGUCCUAUUAUGACCUCAUCUGUCAUCAUGAAAUUAUAAUCUUACACACCUAUAUAUAUGGACAUACCCUUUAUGAGUUCAUUCUUCAAAAGCCUUUCUCUUGUUGUGGAAUCCUAUCUUCUUUAUUCACAAUUUCAGAACUACUCCCUUUCUUUGCAGCAGAUAGAAUGGGUAGCUUAGAAUUAGAAUUAGAAGAGGACGAACUGGUGCAGAUGGUUCAUGACUUCAUAGAAUCAAAAUCACCAUCAUCCCCUUCAUUAUCCCUUUUUUUCUUGGGUGAAUCACGAGGUUUAACCAUUAAUCAGCAUCACACCAGCCUAACUCUUCAGGAGAUACUUGGGGAUGUUGAGGAUUUUGAGGCUGAGAUUCUUGAAAAAGUCUUGAAGUACUUGAGAAAAGGAAACACUGCCAGGAAGACUACUAGCCUGAAAAAAUUGCUUACUAUGAAGUUGAGAUUGGAUGGAUAUGAUGCUUCUCUGUGUAGAACCUCUUGGGUCUCCACCUUCAACUGUCCAGGAGGUGAUUAUGAGUAUAUAGAUAUUAUGAUGAAGGAAGACAAAGGAGGUCCAGGAAGAUUGAUAGUAGACAUAGAUUUUAAGUCUCAGUUUGAAUUGGCUAGGCCUACUUCUUCCUACACACAGCUCACAGACACCCUUCCUUCAAUAUUUGUUGGGAGUGAAACAAAGCUCAACAAGGUUAUCUCAAUCCUUUGCACAGCUGCCAAACAGUCACUGGAGGAGAGAGGUCUCCAUGUUCCUCCAUGGAGAAAGACCAAUUAUAUGCAAUCAAAAUGGCUUUCAGAAUAUCGGAAAGUGUGUCUCCCUCCUUGCAUCAAAUCUAACAGAGAAUCUAGCAGAAAUAGUGAUGAAGGAAGCAGUACUGGUGGUUCACAUGGUACCUCCCAGUUUAACAAAUGGGCACCUCCAGCUCCAAUGGUGAAACCGAAGAGAAGAGGAUUGGGUAGUGGGUCUGGCUUGUCCAGCCAAUUUUCCAACUUGAGUAUCAACUGCUGUUAGUUUUGGGAUCUGGAUAGAGCUGAUGAGGAACAGAAGCACUACAUUUUGGAUAAACUCUAUUGGACUUUCUGUUUUUUGGUUGAUUAUGACAUUGGAAGUCCCUUUUUGAUGUGAUCCAUCAGGCAUUCCGCCUUCAUAUUAUCAACACUUGAAAAUUUUAAUACAGAGUUGCAUUUUAAUUAGCUUA